AUUGAGGUACUGCGCCUCUGGCCGUGGAAGCAUGUCGGGGCCAGUGCCGAGUCGGGCCAGGGUCUAUGCAGACGUGAACACUCAGAGACCCCGCGAGUACUGGGACUACGAGUCGCACGUCGUGGAAUGGGGCAACCAAGAUGACUAUCAGCUCGUGCGGAAACUCGGCCGUGGCAAAUACAGCGAAGUCUUUGAAGCCAUCAACAUCACCAACAACGAGAAAGUGGUUGUGAAAAUCCUCAAGCCCGUGAAGAAGAAGAAGAUCAAGCGUGAGAUUAAGAUCCUGGAGAAUCUCCGAGGAGGCCCCAAUAUCAUCAGCCUGCUAGACAUAGUGAAAGACCCUGUGUCUCGGACGCCUGCCCUGGUCUUCGAGCAUGUCAACAACACAGACUUCAAGCAACUGUACCAGACGCUCUCCGAUUUUGACAUACGGUUCUACAUGUAUGAAAUCCUAAAGGCUCUGGACUACUGUCACAGCAUGGGGGUCAUGCAUCGAGACGUCAAGCCACACAACGUCAUGAUUGACCACGAGCACAGAAAGCUGCGCCUGAUCGACUGGGGGCUGGCGGAGUUCUACCACCCCGGCCAGGAGUACAACGUGCGGGUGGCCUCGCGGUACUUCAAGGGACCCGAGCUCUUGGUAGAUUACCAGAUGUACGACUACAGCUUAGACAUGUGGAGUUUAGGCUGCAUGCUGGCCAGCAUGAUCUUCCGGAAAGAGCCCUUCUUCCACGGUCACGACAACUACGACCAGCUCGUCCGCAUCGCGAAAGUGCUGGGGACGGAGGACCUGUACGACUACAUCGACAAGUACAACAUCGAGCUCGAUCCCCGCUUCAACGACAUCCUCG